GCCACCCCCGCUGCUCGCGCUAGAAAGUCUCGGCGGGAGCUGCAGGCGCGCGCGGGGCUCGCUCCAGGGGAGAGGAGCUCGGAGCGGUCCAGGCGAGCUGGGAUGCGGGAGUCCCGGGGACAGAUGCGCUAGGGGCCGAUGGCUGCCCGGGGGUGGCGGCGGCGGCUGCUGCUGCUGCUUCUCCUCCAGGGGACCCAGGCGGCGCCCCCGCAGACACUGAUUACCUCACCUCAGUCCUGUAAUGUGCUAGAGAACUGGCUCUAUGAUGAAGCUUCCCAACGCUGCUGCUACCAAUGUCCCUCAGGCUACCAUAAACGGAAAGAGUGUCCCACAGAUCCCGACUGGGACUGCGGGCAGUGUGAACCCGAGCACUUCCUGAACAGGGAGCAAGGGAAGCCACACUGCGAGGCCUGCGUGUCGUGCAAGCCAGAAUACGACCUUGUGGAGAAAGUUCCUUGCUCCUUCAAUUCCAGAAGGGUGUGUGAAUGCCGAGCAGGGCUGUUUUGUAAGCUAGCCAUUCAGAACAGCUGUGCACAAUGCGUUUCCCACACUGUCUGCAAGCCAGGAUUUGGAGUCCUAGCCAGAGGCACGUCAGAAGUUGAUGUCUCCUGCCAAGAAUGCCCUUCGGGGACCUUCUCUGAUCGGCACUCCAGCACCGAACGCUGCAAGCCCCACACGGACUGUGCCAAGCUAAACAAAGUAGCCAUGGACAGCGGAAAUUCCACGCACGACCAAGUCUGCAUGGACCUGCCUCCCACCCACCUCCCACCCACCAAUUUGUCUGCAAAAUUCAGCAACAGGCCGAAGGAUUCCGACGGGCCAGAAGUGCCGCUCCUGAACGAGCAGCCAAUGACCGUGGGAGGCCAGCAUUCCCACACUGCCACAAAGCCAGUGACCAGCGCCAGCAUCCUCACGAGUGACGCAGCCUCUGGCGAUGCCAACUGGACCACUGCGGGACCCGUUGGUGGAUCGGAUACAAAACACGCAGCUGGCACUUCUCCUACCUCAGAUAUAGCUACAGAAGAGACUGCCAAGACAGGUGACAGCACCGAUAAUGCACGUGGUGAUGGGAGCUUUGUUCCCUGGGGUGCGGUGGUUCUCUGCAGCAUGGUGCUUCUCGCUGGUAUGCUGGUGGUUUGGCAAAGGAAGGUUUGCAAGAGGCGGAUCUUCACCCCCAAUGGGAAGACUCUUGAUCUGUAUCCAGUCACUACAUGUAGACCCAAAUCUUCAAGUCAGGGUUCUGAUCUGAUGAAGAACUGUGCAAAGAGGUUCAGUAUGCUGAAAGCUGACAAAGAGUCCGAAGAGAGGGAGUUGUUAAACAGAACCCCCAUUGUGGAAACCAACAACAACUUGGUCUCCAUCUCCGAAAAAAAUCCCAGUCCCGACUCAAGCCUGACGGAGGUGAUCCAGAGCACUGGGAAUGCCACAGACUACCCUGCUGAUUCCCGAGUGAGGGACCACACUAAUAACAGAAUCGACAAAAUAUACAUAAUGAAAGCUGACACCGUGAUUGUGGGGUCCAUUUCGGAAGUGCCCAUCAGCAAGAACUGCGCGGUUAGAGGAUGUGAAAAUGAUGCUAAGGCUCAAGAAAACAUGGAGGAAAACGAACUUGCAAUGCAUUAUCCGCAGCAGGAGACAGAAUCAUUUCCAGGAAGUGAUGUAAUGAUUCCGGUGGAGGAGGAGGGCAAGGAAUUUCAUCACCCUACCACGGCCACUGAGAAUUUGAAACUGGACUCAAGGUGGACUUCCGUGAUUAACUUUUUGAUUUUGAUAAAGAAAACAGACAAUGAAAUGUACAAAAAGCCGAGGGGGAGGGAGGGGCCGAGGCUUCCGCUCAGCCCUGCCGCGGGGGGGCUGUCCCACAGCCGGCCCCGCCCCUCGGCUGGCGGCCGGCGGCGGGUUUCAGUCGCGGCGCGGCGGGGCUGCAGGAGGGGGCCCGGCUGGCUGGUGGGCGCGCUGCUGCUGCACGUGGGGGGCUCGCAGCCCGGCAAGAACUAUUUGUUGCCUUAUACGUGGAAGACCCCGGAGUGCAAAGACCCAGAAUCUGAAUACUUUCAAGAAAACAUUAAUAAAUGUUGCAGCAAAUGCUCUCCAGGUUACCGGAUGCUUCAAAGCUGCAAUAGCAGUGUUGACACACAAUGUGCACCGUGCGAUGACAACACGUAUACAGGGCUCUGGAACAGAGUUCUGCGCUGCCUGGGCUGCUCACCCCCCUGCAAUAGCGGAUUAGUGCAGACUCAAGAAUGCACAAGGACCCAUGACAGAAUCUGCAUCUGCCCGGCUAACGCCUACUGUGCUUCAAAAUCAAAACAAAGUCCCAGUCGCUGCCUGGUUUGUAAAGCACACAAGACGUGUAAAAAAGGCUUUGGCGUUUCCAAACCAGGAACGAACGUUACGAAUACAGAGUGUUCCCCCUGCCCUCCCGGCACUUUUUCAGAUGAAGAAUCCUCAACUGCCUCCUGCAAACCGCACAGCGUCUGUCAGUCAGUGUCUGUUGCAGGAAGCAACACAAGUGACACAGUCUGCAGUGACUCCAAGGUAGAUGUUGCUGUCACAGCCACAUCUCCUCAUACUACCACACCCAGCACUGGCCAGCCUAUAGCAGCAAGCUCCAUGAAAACCGAUGCCGUCCAGCUUUCUCCUGAUGUCUCUCAGACCAUUGGUAUAAUAGUAGGAUUGACGUCUCUAGUACUCAUCGUAGUUGCAGGGGUUGCCUGUUGCAUUGUUUCUAGAAAAAGAGCUCCAGAUUUGCCCUUCUUGUGUCCUCCGAAGCAGCCUGAGAAAAGGCCACGAGAUACAGGAGCACAGAGCACCAGUGGUCCUAAGCAGGAGGAGCAGCAUCUCUUAGAAACUCCUGGCUCAAGCAGCAGCUCUUUGGACAACACAGCUUCCGGAAUCAGCAUAAUAAGUAUUAAGAACACAGAAAAGAAAGAAACUGAGAGAACUCAGCAGAGACGUAUGACCUCAGAAGGUUGUAAUCAUCACAGCGGAGCCAGACCCGGCUCUGCAAGCUCAGAGCAUUCUGCUAGUGGAGGAACGCAGGUGAACGUAACUUGUAUUGUUAACUUGUGUAAUUCAAACCACAGCCCACAAUUUCCAGAACCGACCACUUCAACCGCCACGGAUUAUGAAAAUGUUUCCUACUGCACUCCAACAGAGGAAGAAAUUCCCCUUUCUAAAGAAGAAAACCCCUUGAAAAGAGAAUCUGAAAUUCAAAUCUCAGUGGAAGCUGCAGAUAGUUUACCUCCAAGCUUAUCGUUUCCAGAAGUAAAGCCAUUUCCUCUGAGUGUUCAAGAUGCAGGGAUGAAAAAUAGCUAAAGAAGAUGACAGAUCAGAUAUUGAUCAAUAAAACUCUAAGCAGCUUCUGAUCUGCUAAAAUAAACAAUGCGUUAAGAAUAGCAUUCUUAUGGAGACUUAAAAUCUAAAAUGUAUAAAGAUAUGGAGGGAGGCAGAGCCUUUUAAAAAUGUUUUAACCUUUUGAUAUGUAAUGGUUUUAAAAGUUGAAGGAAGAUCGGUGCAGAAGUCAGUGUUAUUUUUAAAAGCGGUCUUUUUCUUUUCAAUUUAGUAGUUUGUUUAUCCAUCAAAUUGUCACAUGCAAGCUUCCUUCUGUCAUGCCUUUACCACGUGUCUUGAUCCUGGCCUAGAGGGAUCUCCUUUGCAGCUGAAAAGGAAGUGUAUUCAGUCUUGAGCUUGUUCAGUCAUUGACCUAUCUGCUGAGUCUGCCUCCAGGAUGCCAUUUAGGGAUAAUGAUGGGAUUUUUCAUUCACACAUCCCAUUGGCUAAGAACAGGACUAAGACCAGCAUUCCAUGAGAAAUGAGUUGGUGACCAGCUGUCCAAUGCUGUUGAUUUAGUCACAUGUUUUUAUGGCAUCAGAUUAUACCAUUUCCCAUCUGAUCUACCCACCUCUCAAAAUAUUCACUUUUUUUUUUUUUUAAGGGAUGUAUGCUUCAGAUCUUUCCUUCUGUCCUGGAUACUUUUUGCUGCUGUUUUUCUCUUUCUCUCUCAUACGGUGGAGGCAUAUCUGUUCUCUAAGAUUUGUGUGUAUUGGAGGGUAAAAUCUUCUGCAUGAGCUUUUAUACUAGACUACAACUAUUCUAUUCAACAAUAGCAAAAAUGCACUUAUUUUUGUGUCAGCUGUACAUAUUUAAUAUAUUUUUUAAAAAAAGAAUAUAUAUUAAGUAGAACUUGUAACAUCAAAGUAGGUAAUUGUCAAUCUAAGGACUGUCAUGUUUGUGCCAUGGUUGAUUUCAUGCUGUUAGCUGGCUGACUCUUGAGGUCUAUCAGAGAGAAUGGUGUGUGCCAAAUAUUUUCCUCUGCAUUUCAAUUAAUAAUGGUGAAGACCCAGGCAAAUACGUAUUUCAUACAACUCAUCCUGGUUGACCCCAGGAAACGGUGAAAGGCUGAAUGGAACCUCAGAACCACAAAAUCAGCUGUUUGUGAUUAUAUCGUCCUCUAGUAGCUGAUCUGCAAGGAGAUUGUACUCCCUACUGACAACUAAUGGAGACUUUUCUUUAGCGCCGGUGGCAGAAGUCUGCGCUUUUGAAGCUCAAGUUCUGGGAUUGUACUUCCCAUAAUCAUGUUGCACAUGGGUGGGUUAACCAGCAACUGUGAUGUCUGCAUUCAAACAUAAAUUUGUUACAAAGUGCGUGAGUCAGAUUCCGGCUGAGUCAGAUUCAGGCUAAAUCAAACUGGGGUCUGAAUUCUGUCCUUUAUUAAAACACCUGCAAACCCUAUUGGAGCUGCUCAAGAGUAACAGAAUGCAGUAUUUAUUCCAGAGGCUUUAGGCUGAAGAAGAAUGCCUUUAUGCAGCUUUCAUUCAACAGCUGCUGAAGAGCAAGUAUGCUUUACACUUUCACCUAAACUUUCAGGAUUAUCCUCUGUGGCUGUGGAGGUUAGAGGUGAAACAUGCUGAACUAUAUUUUAACUUGCAUUUGAGAGUAUGCUCUGAAAUGACUUAGCAUAUGGAAACAUUGAAUUUAAUCCAAAACCACAGAAUUUAUGCUUACAUACGACUUGAUUGCACAGCUGGCUGUUUCCAGCAAUGUGCUGAAUAUCUGUAUCUGUUGCUCAUCACUUCCAAGAACUGGGUCCAUAUUGAAACAGCAGCCCAAAGGAAAAACCAGGGGUUCGGCCAUGGCAGUUAAUUUUAUAUUAUGCAGCUGCAUGGUGGCAUAAAAAUCCUAUGUAUUCAUGUAAAUAUUAUCAAAGAAAUUUUUUAACUUGGUCAUUUAGCUAUGUAUAAAAAAGUAAAAAUCUGUUUUUAUUUUUAUAAUUUAUGUAUGACUUGAACUCUCCUGUCCUGUUCUUUCUAGUAAACAAAAUGCCUUUGUUUUCUUUUGUUUUUAAAAAAUUAAAAAGCCUACUAUUUGUUGAUUUCAUUUGUAUCCAAACCAUUACUUUUGGCUCUUUUUAUCAUUAUUGCCUAAUUAAAGCAGGUUUGAUCAA